AUGACACACAUGAACUCAAAAAAAAAACUCAAUAUUGUUUGUGUCGGCGCUGGGUAUGUUGGUGGGCCCACUAUGGCUGUAAUAGCGGACAAAUGUCCAUUUGCUACAGUACAUGUGUUUGACAUUUUAAAGCCUCGCAUCGAGGCAUGGAACUCUCCCAAACCGUCUUCACCGGACGAGCCUGAUGGUCUACCCAUCUUUGAGCCCGGACUAUCUGAUGUCAUUUACAAAGUUCGCGGCAAUAGCAUGUUUUUUACGACUGACCCGAACGUGUUACAAAAAGCCGAUAUCAUUUUUAUUGCGGUCAAUACACCAACUAAGGAAAGGGGUAUUGGAAUUGGGUGUGCUACGGAUCUUUCAUACUUUGAGAAUUCCAUCCGACUUGUUGGAAAUAUGGCUACUGAGGAACGAGACGUCAUCAUUGUAGAGAAGAGCACCGUCCCUGUACGGUCGGCAAUCGCUGUUGAACAGAUUCUUUCAUCCUUCAAUUCAAAGACACGGUUUAAAAUUUUAAGCAACCCAGAGUUUUUGGCAGAGGGCACUGCUAUUCAGGACUUGUUGAACCCAGAUCGCAUUUUGAUAGGCGGCGCCGACCUCGAUGCCGUUGCCACUCUUUCUUCGAUCUACGAGUGCUGGGUGCCGAAGGAGCGCAUAGUCACGACGAACCUAUGGUCGAGCGAACUAUCCAAAUUAGCUGCGAACGCUUUUUUAGCACAGCGAAUCUCUUCCAUUAACUCGAUCAGCGCAAUUUGUGAGAAGACAAAUGCCAAUAUCAUGGAGAUUAGCCGAGCUGUAGGCUCGGACAAGCGUAUCGGGAACAAUUUUUUGAACCCCUCCCCUGGCUUUGGUGGGUCCUGUUUCAAGAAAGACAUACUGAGCUUGGUAUACUUGUGUGAAAAGAUGGGUCUUCACGAGGUGGCCGAGUACUGGAAUCAAGUCAUCGUGAUAAAUGAGUACCAGAAGGAAAGGGUUUUCCGGAAAGUGGUGGAUAUGUGCUUCAAUACGGUGAACCGGAAAAACUUAGCAAUUUAUGGGUUCACUUUUAAGAAAAACACCGGCGACACACGCGAAAGCCCCGCUAUUCAUAUUUGCUCCCGGCUCCUGGCAGAGGGCGCAAUACUAAGAAUUUACGAUCCUAAGGUUUCUGAAAAUGCCGUUUACUCGGAAUUGGCAAACUAUAUUAUUUCAACUAACGAGAAUAUCAAUAUACAGUAUUUCUCAAAUGACCAUCAAAACAAUGCAUGCAAAUUUGACCUUUAUGACGGCAAAUUGACUCAGUUUCUCAAGAAAAACAUAAAGUUUAUGCGCUCUGCUUUGGAUGCGGCUCAAGAUGCCUCUGCUAUUCUUAUUUUAACAGACUGGGAUGAAUUCAGGAGUUUAAACUAUAAAUUAAUUUAUGAUGUUAUGGAUAAGCCCGCCAUGGUGUUUAAUGGUCACCCCACUUUGGAUCUUAAAGACUUUGAGUGUAUCGGUUUUAAUACUUUUUCUCUCGGAGAGUAUACACACAACCUUUUAUUUAAUUCCUCAAACGGAUAUCAUGAUGAUGAUAAAACAAAAAAUAGGUAA